GAUUUAUUACAAUUACUGGUCGAUAUAAAACUGUUCCUGUUAGCAUUGUUUCUAUAAUGAUGGGUUGUAUGAUGAUGGAUUUUUUUAUUCGCGAAGUCCGUCAAAUAAUAACAGGAGAAAUAAUAAUAAUCCGGUUUGGCUCUUGUGGUUCAAUAGGUACACCCACAAUAGGUAACAUUCUCGUACCAUAUGGCGCGUUCUCAGUGACUAGAAAUUAUGACUAUUUCAUACAUGGUAUUGAUACAAAUGAUGCGAUGCCAAUAGUCGAUUCCCCUUAUUACAUAUCUAAAGUUGUUUAUGCUGAUGAGGAAUUGAGCUAUUUGUUGCAAUCAGAAUUAUCUGCUGCCUUCUAUCCAUCCCUGAUAUAUACUUGCCUAAGUGCGUGCUCUGAUUCAUUCUAUUCAUCACAAGGUCGAGUCGAUCCCUAUUUCUUAGAUGACAAUCAAGAAUUGAUACCAACAAUUUUUGAAAAAUAUGAUGAUGCACAUAUUGUAGACAUGCAAUCUUUUAUGCUAUUCCAUUUGGCAAAUACUUGUCGUUACGCAUCUCAUUUAAGAGAUCAAGAAAAGUCACGGAAUAUUCGUAAUAGUAUAAUAAAUACUCAACAAUUUAAAAGUGAUGAAAGUACCAAUAUGUUAUAUAAUGCCAUAUUGAAUAAUAAUUCUCAAUUAUCUUUUAACAAAUAUAUUACAUCUCGAAGUAAUAAUACACAUAUCAACAAAAGAACACCUAAUCAUCCUUAUAAAAUUUCAUCUAAUUCUUCUUCAACACAUUCACUUCCCCUUAAAUCAUCAAAAACCGCACUUUAUUAUCAAAAUAAAAAUUCUUCGGUAAAUAAUUUUAUAAAACCAAAUACUCAUAUAUUUGGUAAUGAAGAAAAUGAAAUCAAGAAUGCAAUGAUAGUAUUCUGUGAUAGGUCUACUGAUAAUUUUAUAUCACCCGACCUUAUUAAUUACCUAGAACCAAUAUGUGGAGAAGCUAUAUUUAAUACGUUAAUUAAAGUUGAAGUGGAAAAUGAGAUGGAUGGGGAAGAAUGCGUUUGGAACGUUUCUAAUGAAAAGGAUAGAUUUGGAUUUGGAAGAAUCAAAAAUAGUGAAAAAAAUGGGAAAAAAAAUGGAAGAUUUAGUAAUUUAAGUAAUUUUAGUGGAGGAAGAUUUAGUCAUUUAUCCAAUAGUUCUAGAAAAAGUGUUGAGAUAAAAUAUAAUGAAAUUAGGAGUAGUAAAGAGAAUUUGUAUAUUGAUGUUAAAAAUGGAUGUCGAAGUCAGAAUUUUUUUAAUAAUGGUUUUGUAAAUGGUAAUGAAAAGGUUGAUGAGAAAGGAAGGG